AUGGCCACCUUGGCUCAGUCACUGGCCAUGCCCCGGCGUCGCGUGGGUCUCCCAUGGCUGUCGUUUGCCGCGUGGAUCGCCGGCUGCGGCCUGGUGCUGCCGGCCGCCGAGGUGCGGCGCAUCCAGCGGGCGGUCAGGGCCAAGGCCUUGGAAGCGCUGGCGGUGGGGAAUCUGGAACUCAUCAGUGCCCUGGAUCUCCACACGGUGCCCUGGAACCAACUGCCGCGUUGCCUCAAGCAGCACCUGCAGCUGCCGUUGGAGGAUCGGGGCAUCGAUUCGCUGGCGUUGAACCUCACGGUGGCAGUGCAGGCCAAGGACUACGGUGGGGCGGUGCCGUUGAACCGGCUGACGACUUUCUACUUCAUGGCCAUGGCCAAGAAUUCAUCGUUGAUGCCCUUUGUGAAGCAACUCAUAGUGGCCACCAAUGAGAGCACGCAGCUGCCCGACUACUGGCAGCAGAUGAGUGGAGCAAUUCAUAGGAGGUACACGGCUAAGGAGAUUGCCACAUGGCGAGAGGUGGCGCGAAAGCAGCGACCAGCCAAGCAAAUCUCACAGCACUCCAAGAGCAAAUUGAAGCGUUGGCCGCACCAAUUGGAGUGUUUGAAACGCUGCCACGACUUCCUCCUGACCUCCAAGCGUGAUUUCUUCGUUCAAAUGGCCACGGGUGCUGGGAAGAGUCUGGUGAUGCUGGAUCUGUUGGCAGAGCUGGGCCCUGGGAAACGCGCCUGCGUCAUGGUGCCCAAGUUGGAUUUGAUGGAGCAGAUGGCGCAACUUCUGGAGAAAACCCUCCAGUGCAGAAUCUCCCGGGUGGGCACCAACUGCCCAGCGGAUUUGGAGGCCGACAUCUUCGUGUGCGUCCGCAACUCCGCUUGGCAGCUGCAGAAUGUGACACUGGAUUUGCUGCUGCUGGAUGAAGCUCAUCACUACGAACCGUCUCCAGAUGGCCUGAACGAUGGCAGUGGUGGCAUCCAUGCCGGGCGAGUUCUCGGUCUGACAGCGGCCAAGCGGAUUUUCUUCACCGCCACGCUGCUGCUGAACGCGCCGGACUACGAUUUUGGGCUGCGGCCGGCCAUUGAAGAGGGGGUUAUCAAGGACUAUACGGUGAUGGUGCCGGUGGUGACUGAAGGGGAUCCCCGACCCAGUUUGGUGAAGCUCAUUCAGAAUUUGCCCCUCGCCCGAAAGAUUCUGGCCUUCUGCAACACUGUCCAUGAAGCCAUUACCUUCACCAACAUGCUGCUGGAUGUUGGCAUCGCAGCUGACCACUACAACGCCCAGACCUUGGCCUCGCAACGGCAGGAGAUCCUGUCGAACUUCCAGCGGCGUGAGGCGCAUGGCGGACUUCGGGUGCUGGUGACGGUGGAUGUGCUGAGUGAAGGGGUAGAUCUGCCGGCGGCGGACACGUGUUUGUUUGUGGCACCGAGGAGGGGCAUCAGGUUGAGACAAUGUGUGGGAAGGGUGUUGCGAACGCAUCCGGAGAAGAUUGAUGCUUUGAUUAUUGCCCCACCCGUUAUACAAUGCGAAAAUGACACCCUGCUGGAAGAUGCCGAGCUGAGCCGCUUGUUGAGUGACUUGGCAACUUCGGAUCCCGCCUUUGAAAGCUCGUUGUCGGCAGAAGGAUGCAACGGACGCGUCGGUAUUUUGGCAGAAGCCUUGCUAACAACAGCAUUGCAAGUUUCAGCAAGAGAAGCUGUUGCACGGCUGUUGCGGGUGUCCAUUUUUCCGAGGAUUUUGGGAAUGAGUCGGGGCCAAGACGCAUGGGAUAUGGAAAUGCGGGAGCUCUGCUUGUUCAAAAAAGUGCAUGGGCAUGUUUUGGUGCCACAACGAUGCACGCGUGCUGGAUGCAAGCUUGGCUUGUGGGUGAAAUGGGUGCGUGGAGCAUAUAAGAGGGGAGUUCUCAGCAACAUUCAGGUGGAGCUCCUUCAUGGCUUAGGAUUCGUGUGGGAUGUGCCUGCACACCUGUGGGAGACGGGCAGGACAAAGCUAGAAAAAUACAGCCAUGAUCAUAGACAUGUUCUUGUGCCUCAUAAUUAUGAGACUCCUGACGGCUUUAAACUUGGCGUUUGGGUCAGCCAAAAACGCACGGCAAAGUCCAAAGGCAAGCUUGGCCAGGAGCAAAUCAAAAGCCUUGACAACUUGGGGUUUGUUUGGGAUGUUCCUGAUCACUUGUGGAAGCAAGGCAUCAACAGGUUGCAAGAGUACAAAACAAAGCACGGCCAUGUACUUGUGCCUUCGGAUUAUGUCACUCCUGACGGUUUUAAACUUGGGCUUUGGGUUAACCACAGACGCGUGGCAAAGUCCAGAGGCCACAUUCUUGAGAAGCACAGGAAAAGCCUUGAUGACUUGGGAUUUGUGUGGCAUGUUCUUGGUCACUGGUGGGAGCAAAGCAUCAGCAGGCUGAAAGACUACAAGAAAAAACAUGGACAUGUACUGGUGCCUCAUGAUUAUGUCACUCCUGACAGAUUUAAACUUGGUAUCUGGGUCAGCCAAAAUCGCAUGGCAAAGUCCAAAGGCAAGCUGGGUCAGGAGCAGAUCAGAGUCCUUGACGACUUGGGAUUUGUUUGGGAUGUUCUUGAUCACCGGUGGGAACGGUGGAUCAGAAGGCUCCAAGAAUACAGGACAAAGCACGGACAUGUACUUGUGCCCCGCAAUUGUGUCACUCCUGACGGCUUUAAACUUGGCAGUUGGGUGAACCAGAAACGUGUGGCACAGGCCAAAGGCAAGCUUGGCCAGGAGCAAAUCAAAAGCCUUGACAACUUGGGGUUUGUUUGGGAUGUUCCUGAUCACUUGUGGAAGCAAGGCAUCAACAGGUUUCAAGAGUACAAAACAAAGCACGGCCAUGUACUUGUGCCUUCGGAUUAUGUCACUCCUGACGGUUUUAAACUUGGGCUUUGGGUCAACCACAGACGCGUGGCAAAAUCCAAAGGCAAGCUUGGCCGGGAGCAAAUCAAAAGCCUUGACGACUUGGGAUUCGUCUGGGAUGUUCUUGGCCACUGGUGGGAGCAAAGCAUAAGCAGGCUGAAAGACUAUAAAAGAAAGCAUGGACAUGUGCUGGUGCCUCAUGAUUAUGAUUCUGAUGGCUUCAAGCUUGGCAUUUGGGUCAGCAAAAAACGCAUGGCAAAGUCCAAAGGCAAGCUGGGUCAGGAGCAGAUCAGAAGCCUUGACGAAUUGGGAUUUGUUUGGGAUGUUCUUGAUCACUUGUGGGAGCAAGGCAUCAACAGGCUGCAAGACUACAGGAGACAGCAUGGACAUGUGCUUGUACCUAAGGGUUAUGAGACUGCUGAUGGCUUUAAACUUGGCAAUUGGGUUAACCAGAGACGUGUGGCAAAGUCCAGAGGCAAACUGGGCAAGGAACAUAUCCAAUGCCUUGAUAAUGUGGGAUUCAUUUGGAAUGUCUAUGGCCACAUGUGGGAGCAAGGUACUGAAAGGCUGCAAGACUACAAGAAAGAGCAUCAAAAUGCUGUUGUGCCCUUCGGAUACUGGAUCGUGUUGGGCCCCAGCCACGGCGAUCCGUACGAGGGCCCAGCCCUGGAGUAUUUGGACCGUGCGGUGCAGUGGGCAGAAGAGUGUGACUUGGAGGUGCUCCUUGACCUCCAUGGUUGCCCUGGUGGUGAAAGCCCUGAUGCCCCCUGCGGCCGCGUCUUCCGGGGAUGGGAUUGGACAUGCUGGAGAAGAAUUGAAACGCUGCAAGCUUUAGAGGUCGUCGCGCGGCGAUACUGUGACCGAUCGCAUGUCAAGGGCCUUGCGGUGUGCAACGAGCCAUCGCGCUUCAUUCCCGCAGACGUCCUGGCUGGAUUCUACGACCAGGCAGUGAGUGUGAUCAGGGCCUCAGGGAUGUCAGCAGACCGGGUGGCCGCCAUGUUCCUGGUAGUGCUGUGCAUCGUGCUGGCACUAUGUCCAGGCGAGCGUGGCAGUGCCUCGUGCAAGCCCCUGUCGCAGCUGAAGAGCCUCUUGUCAUGGCUCAGUGAUUGGCGACUACAAGCCGAUGUUGGCCGAGAAGGGUGGCGCGGCUCCGCCUUCUAUGGCGUUGGGGAGCACAACCUGCGGCUUCACGCGCAGGGCCUCUCUUCUGGUGCGCCGCUGAUUUCCGAGCUGGGCGCCACGUUGAACCUCAAGCCGCAGGAGGGCUCUCUACUCCAACUGGAUGGCUCUGUGAGUCAGUCGCAUCCUUUUCGCCUUACAGGCGUUGUGAGACAUCAGAUCCACCCCCUAGCGAAUCUCACUGCCUUCCAGCGUGGCUGGCUGUCCAAUUGUAGGAGACUUCUAGCCUCCCUGGGUGCCUCGGUGUCCAGCAGCGGCGAGCGCAGCGCUGAAACGGAGCUGCGACAGCCCUGCGGGGAGGACUUGGACCUGGCGGUGCGGCUGCGCAUGGUGCGGCCCGGGCUGAGGCGGCAGAGGCCUUCUCUCUCCACGAGUGCAGAGGCAAGCUACAACCUGGCCGGUGGAAAACUGGUUGGAACCAUCACCAAGCACUCGAAGGGUGGUACCCAGGUGGCCGCGUCAUAUCGCCUCGGCAACGUAACUGUGGUUUUGCCCGUCUUCCAGCGUAGCGUGCCGGAGUUUGUAAAGACGUGGGAACGUGUGUCUGGCGGCCGUCACGAAAACUUCUGCUUCGACGUCCACUACUACCACUGCUUCGAAGAUGAGUGGAACAGGAUGACUUUGGCAGAGCACCUUCGCGCGGUCGAAGACCACGCGGAGGAGUUGCGAAGGUUCCCAAUGGUGGUGGGCGAGUGGAGUUUAGCCUUGGGUGGUCGUGGCAAAGCUGCCCUACCGGCCUCGCAGGCGAUGGCGCUUUUUGCGCGCCAGCAGAUCAAAGCCUACGCAGAGGCCUCCCACGGCUGGUUCUUUUGGAACUGGCGCGACGGUGCCGGAGUGGCUUGGGACCGGAAUGCUGAUGCCUGGGGGGAAGAGUGGAUGUUCCCUGCACAUCGCAUCCGCGGUGCCGCCGCCAUGGCGGAGCCGGAGAUGGCGGUGGAGAUGGCGGGGGAGAUGAAAAAACAGAAGCUGAAGAAGAACAAAAUGACGGUGGUGAAGCAUCCAGAUUUCUUGGAUGGCGGAGCUCUCCAGAGUUUUCAGACAGCGAUCCCUGUUGAUCUCUGCCCCGCGGACGAUGGCUUUCCUCAUGCGAGAGAGGAGCUUCCAGCCACACAGGAGUCGGACGCGUCUCCCAUGGCGGAUCCACCGGUCUCCCCGAGUGCCACGGAUGCGGAGGAUGCGGAGGAUGCCGAGGAUGUCGAGGUCAGCUCGCCUGAAAGGACCGAAGUUAGGGACAACCGCUGGCGCUCCAAGGAGCAGUCCAACUGGCAGCCGACGCUCAAUGGACCCACCUCGCAAUGGAAGGAAGGUCCCAGAGCCGCACCGGCCGCACCGGCCGCACCGGCCGUUGCACCGGUGGUUGAGAGACAGAGCUGGCCCAAUGGCCAGGCGUCUUGGCAGAGUUACGAAUACCGAAACGAGCGGUACAGCCAGAGCGCGAGUGCUUCGAACUACCGAAAUGAAAAGUACAGCCAGAGCUACAGCAGUUACAACAGCUAUCAAGGUCAGGCUGAUAGCACAUCUUCCAGUUGGAAGUCCAAUAACGGCUAUUACGGUCGAAGCGGUUGGUGGGACAACAGGCCAUCCAUGUCCUAUGGCGAUGAGUUUGAUCAAUGCGUGAAGGUGACGCAGGAGGGCACCCUGGUGAUUCGAUUGAGCGGUCGAAAACUGGAUGAGGACGGCAUGCGCCGUUUCUGCAGCUGGUUGCCGAAGUACAUGCAGAGAUUGCGCAUGCAGGAGUCCAGGUUGACCAAACGCCAGGGCUGUUUGUUGGCGAAAGAGUUGGAUGCCUCGAAAAACUUCAUCAACCACACGGCCUUGAAGAUGUUGCUGACCGUGCUGAAGGAAGAGAGAAUUGUCCUGGGCGUGCUGAAUUUACACCACAAUCGGUUGACCCGUCCCGCGGCCAACAUGUUGGCCAUUUGGAUCCGUACGGCGCCCUGGGCCUUGUACGAGCUGCACCUGUCGCACAACGAGAUCGACACGGAAGGAGCUCUGGAGAUCAUCCAGGCAGUGGCGCGAGCCGAAAGGUAUCCAACCGAUCGUCCCGGCAGCAGCUCCCGAAUUCCUCUGUGGCUGCGUAUGGAACACAACAGCAUCCAGGAGUCCUUCGUGGCCCGCGCCGAAGAAAUCUUCCGCAGCCAUCGACCCGUUAGUGAUGCGCCGCACAUCUGCUGGAUGGCUGGAGCUGAUGCAAACAACCAGUGCAAGAACGGCUAUUGCGAACAGAGCCUUGGCCAGAAAUGCCCCGUCGUGCAUCUGCCGUAUUUGACGCGGAGGUUUCGACUUUCCCGGGAGGCACCUUCCAGGACAGGGGAGCCCCGGCCCAAGGUGCACAAGCUUUUCCGUUUGACAGGGAUGAUUCGUAUCUAA